AUGGAGUGGCGUGGCAGUCCCAAAGAGUUAGAGGAGUUAAAGGAUCUUGGCAAAUUGGUGGAUCCGAACGAGUGGAGUGUCCAUAGUAAUAAAGAAAUGGAAGAGUACACGGCCACCACUUUCAUCGAUAAGGCUCGUUUCGAACUGGUCAAAUCGGCCCCGGAACUUGGCCAAUCUGCUGAAAAGUGCGGGAGCUGCGCCGAGACGUCUAUGGCUCUGGCAAAUUUCAUGAGAGUCGGCACCGAGGUCUCUCCGAAAUUCAAAGGAGGUUGCUGCGAGGCGAAAGUAAAACGGAUAUUCAAGAACAUCAAAUUUCGGGCAAAAUGGGGAUUAGGAUGGGCGAAGAACGGUAAAAAAAACUGUCCGUCAAAAACGAGCCGCCGCUCAGGCUGCUGCAGCCGCGCUGGCCGAUCAACAUGGCGGAUUAUCUCCGUCGAUGAAAAAAAUCAUGAAGAUGACGUGGAAGAUGAGGAUGAGAAUAAUACGAGUGAUGAGACGGGAGACGAAUCACACAGUGACAAUGAGAUAAAAGAGGCAACUCCCGAGAAAUCUGCAGCAAAAUCCCAAGAAAGUGACAAGGACAAAGAAAAAGACAAAGAACCCAAGAAAAAGACGACUGGCUUUGCUCCUGGCGAUUUGGUGAUGGUGUGCAGAGAUCCAAAAAAGACGGGAACUUACUCGCUGGCUGUUGUCGUCAAUCCAAAGAUUUACAAAGCGUUGAAAGCGAUGAAACCGUUGACGGGAAACGACAUCCCUUUGAGGGGAUUCAUGUUGGAGGGACGAUAUUUCUCGGUGUCACGCCUUGUUCUCAAGCCAUUCACCGCGAAACCAUUGGCCGGAUUCGAGAAAGAACCACAUAAGACAGCCUACAAUCGAACAAAGGAUUUCUUGGAAUCCAAAGGAAAAACUUUGCCGCCAUCAUGGAAUCACAAAGAACAAAUCUUGACCGAGUCAACGAUGAAGAAGAAAAAGGACAGAGAGACGGAGAAAGAAAGGGACAAGGAUAAGGACAAAGAUGCCACUUCCGACACUCGUGAUACUUUUGUCGCCCAUUUCUACAAGUUUCAAGAAGACCACUCCGAUCAACAAACAGCCGGUGCUUGGUGGGAAACCGCUCAACAUCUACAAAUUCUAUCGGUUGUUCAUCGUCUUGGCGAAUUGAAGCAAGUGUGUGCGAAGGCAAAAGGGAAAAAGGUUUUAAUGCGGAUGAAGCUAGAGGGAUGUCCGGGUGCCACACCGUCCACCUUCAAAUCCCCCUAUCAUCAGUACUUUCUCUUGUUCAGUCAACAGCACACUCGUCGUUUGGGCUGGUCAUUGAGCGAAUUGACGAUGCCGGCCGGAAGAAGACCAGGACGAUUACGGUUACGACAAAUGGGCAAAGGAAAGGAAAAAGAGAAGGAGAAGAUGGAGAAAGGCGAGAAGGAGAAAGAAAAGGACAAGGAUAAGACGAAACCCCGAAAGAUGUCCGUGGAUGUCCGUGAGAAGAAGGACAAAAAUGAUGAUCGGUCAGAGAAAGAAAUGAGUGAAUCGUCGACAAAACCGGAGAAAGUCAAGGAGAAGCCAGAGAUCACACAUCAACACCAACAACAACAAUCAAACAAGCUUGCGAAAAAGUUGGAUGAUGAGGAAAAGGAAAAACUAUCGGUAAAGGACAAGGAGAAAAAGGAAGAACUGGCGAAAGCAGCAAAAAUCAAAAGAGAACACAUCUCUCCGUCACCGGCUCGUUCAACCGCCUCAUCGGCGUCCAAAGAUGAGAGGAGAAGAAAAAGGAGAGACGAGAAAGCUGUUCGAAUACGACAAAUCAACAAAAAGAAACCAUCGAGACAUCGAGCUAUCGAGGGCCAACACUAC